AUUUGGUUCUCCCACUUCUUCGCUGCCGGAAAUUCCAAUCGAGUUCGUCAAGAAGCUGCCGUUUCCUCUUUAAUCGAUCUGGAUUUUAGUUAUGUGGGCGUAACAUCUCCUGGAGUCUCUAAGCAAUUCUGGGUAUCUUUGUCAGCAUGCGUUGGCUGGGUCUCUCUGUUGAUGUAUUUCGCAAAGUUGUCCGCUUGAAUGUGUAUUGUAAAGUUAUCCUGUAGAGUAAUAUUCCAUUAAGUUAUCCGCUUUGUUAUUUUUAAUCCUUUGGUCUAAACCACAACCUAUGGAAGCCAACCACUGUAUGAUCAUUUCUUCUGAUAAGUAUAGAAUUGGUUAAAGGAUAGGAAGUGAAGAAGGUCCAGUAUUGUCUCUUGAGCAUCUCCUUGUUUGUUUCUUCCCUUUUCUAGCUGAUUUCCAUUUGGUCAUAUAAUUUGGUAUCGUCUUUAUUCUAUUUUAUUGGGUAUAUUUUUGGCGUGCACAUUUUGAUUGGGUAGUGAGGCAAAGAAUCAAUAGACGUUAUGGUGUGCCAAGCGGCAAGCCAAACAAGAUUUCGGGCAUUAAAACAUGAGAAUGGCAUUGAAGGUGAACCAACAAUCAUUGUUAGAGUGAUAGCAUGCUUUCAACCUUUGCACGAUUGUCAGGCUGAGUACUUUCGUCAUUUACUUAAGCCCGUCACGUAGAUCGAUCGAUUUUAUUCUGCAUUUCUUUCUCGUUAAGCUGGAGUUUUUGGUUUUCCUUUUUAAUCCUUUGUACCUCAGAAGUGCAAAUUAAAGAAGAUCCCUGUCAGAACACCAUAAAGUCUCCUGGUCAUUGUUUUGUUGGAUGGUUAAGGCUGACAGCUCCUGGCCUUGUCCACAGAAUGUGGCUUGGCAAGCACAUCAUUUAAAUUGCUCCCCCACAUCACGGGAGCCAAGGUUAUGUGGCCUUCCAGCAGACCUAAAUACUAGCAUGUGCAACUUUCCUGGACACAAGGCCUUUCCUGGAUUCACAUUUCCUGGUUUCUUGAAUCUUGGGACUGUGCAAACAGAGGAAUUGCGAGGAUUCCUGCAGUAUCCCAACCAUCACCACUCUGGAGAUAUCCAAUCAGUUUCAGAACAAUGUUUGAAAGAAAGUGAUAUUGGAGGGGCCAUGCCACACGAGAAUCCUGCAUCUUUACAGAAAAAGUUUCUUAUUUUUGACCAGUCUGGUGAUAAGACGAGGCUGUUCUACAGCCCAAUUUUCCCCUUGGUUCAUAGUCCAAAUGUUGCUCCCUCUAAAUUUAUUCAAGCUUCUGGUGAAACUAAGAUGGGACAGGCAGCUAGUACAGAUGAAAAUUAUCCAAUGAAAUACAGUUUACCAGAAGACCGUAAUGAAAAUCAUAUUAAUGUUGAGGAAAGUGAACUGCAUGAGGACACAGAAGAAAUUAAUGCCUUGCUUUACUCAGACGAAGAUGUUGAUUAUCAUAGUGAUGAUGAUGAGGUUGCAAGUACAGGUUGUUCUCCACUAGCAACUAAAAGACCGUGCGUGAUGCAAGAUCAAUUUGAGAAUAUGAAGGAGGAGGUUGCAAGCUCGGACCAGCCGACUAAAAGGCAGAAGUUAAAUGAUGAUGGGUUGGAGAGAUCAUCGCCAAUCAACAGUGGUAUUUCAGUAAGACAAGACGAGUCUUGUGACUACACCAGUGAUGCAGAAUCGAAGAAUUCCACCAGCCAAGUGUAUUCUGCUAAGCAAACUAGGGGGGAAGAGAAUUCAAUGAUGGGUAAUACUCAUUUUAAAAAGGAUAAGAUCCGUGAAUCAUUGAAAGUUCUUGAGAACCUAGUUCCUGGAGCAAAGGGAAAGGAGCCCCUCUCAGUCAUUGAUGGAACCAUUGAAUACUUGAAAUCUUUGAUGUCCCGAAGUGGUACUCCUGGAUUUGGAUUGAAAGACUAUUAAAUUUAACUGUUCGCUGCUGUUCUUGUAUGUUUGCUGUGGGAGACUAGAAUGGCCAAGCUUGAAUCAGCAUGCUCCUUUUUCUUUAUUUUAUUUUAUUUUAUAAUCCUCCUUCUCGAGGUUCUAUUUAUAUAGCUGGUGAACAGAAGCAGUAAUAACUAGUACUAUAUCUUGCCUCUGGGAUUGCAGAGAAAAUGGGGGAUUGGUUGUAUGGACCAGAAUUAUUAUCUUUUAGCUUUUCGGAGGGUUAAAGAUCAGAGGCCACAGGUUGCGGGGACGGGAGAAGGUGGUGGUGGGCUAUGCUGUAAAUGAGGACGCUUUUUUCCCCUCAAGUGUUGAACUUUCCUCUUGGUUGAAUGCAUGCGCGUUAGGUAAGUGGGGUCCCACUUUCCACCCUCCUUUAUUCAUUCUUGUUGUUAUGCUUUUGUUGUCCUCUCUUUCAAGCUAGCACGCAUAUCAUGCUGGCAUAAAUUCUAAAGCACCAACAAAGUUUCACAUGUUGGAGGAGUGCUUGAAGAUGGUGCGUGAUUUAUCAUCAUGGGUCUGUGCUGGGGCCCUCUCCCUUUAUCUCUCUCUCAAAUGCACCAUUUGUGGUAAAAGGUUGCUUUGUUUUACAUGCUGAUGUUGGAAAAUGACAAGCUCUUCUAGUUUCUAGGUUGUAAUUGAGAGGCGGGUUGAUUGUUGUUGGUGUCUUUUUCCUGAUGCUGCUGUGUAUUUCAGUUGAGUGAGUUUAUGUGUGUGUGAAUAAUUGGGGUGUGAUAAUGGUGUGGCAGGUUUGAAAUUUGAAUGUAUUCCAGCUUUAUGACUGGCACAUGGUUUACUUUCUCUUGAUUUGUGUAUUGUGUGUGGAUCACUGUAUUGUAUGUUUGUGGAUCAAUUACUAUGAAUCUCUGAUUCCUAUAUGGAGUGAUUUAUGUUUUUUUGGUUU